GAGAAACAACAUUCAUAGAAGUUGUCACUUGGAAUACUUCCAAAGCAAUGGCAAACACUUUCUCUCCUCUACUUGUACUCUUAUUGGUGUUCUCUCAACUUAUCAGCUUGAACGCUGUCCCAGUCACAAGAAUCGGAAACCUAAUGCAUGGGCAUCAAGUUCAUCUAGUUUCACAGAAUACCCACAUGCUAGCUACUGAGGAAAAAUGGGAUGAACAAACCUUUUCUGGAAGGAUGGAUUUUGAACUGCAUGAUUACCCGGGAUCAGGAGCCAAUAACCGCCACACUCCAAAGCCACCAGUAUAAGGGAAAUGCUGUUGUUAAUGUUAGUGUUUCUAGGCGAUAGGAGUGUUCUUCAUUAUAUUAUAUAGUGUUUGGGAUAGCAGCAGCAAGUAAAGAAUAUGCUUCUUAAUUACUUAUUUAAGUAGAUCAAGACUCAAGAGCCUUAUUAUCUUCUUGUUUUCUUGGGCGUGAGAAGCGACGAAGGAAAAUUUGGAUAGCAAUAAUGUAUGACGAGAGAAAGAUAUAUGAAUAACUAGAGUAGAAUUCAGUUAUGUUAAUGUGAUAGCCUUGAAGCAGGCAGAUCUGCUUAACUAUCUGUAUGAACUUGAAUUUUAACUAUUAGUUGCUAAAAAGCUUGAUGCAUAGCAUACCAGUUGUUAUAUUAUGGACCUUAUGGUGAA